AUGAGUACUAAUAUAAUGAUCGGCUUAAUAUCCUUAAUAACCUUAAUUACAGUUAUCAAUGGUAUCGAUUUAAACACUCAAUUGAAUCAUUGGAUUGUAAAUGAUCAAUUGUUGAUGUGUUUUAAUGAAACUUACAAAAUUCCAAUUUUGACAACUCAUGUCUUUCGUAUAACAUUUAAUCGAACUCGAUUCGAACAAAGAAACAUUCAAUCAAUUAAUCUAUUGGCAACUAUUAUUGAUAGAAAAGUUCUACAAUUUCAAAAUAAUUCUGAUCAAAUAAUGAUUAAAAUCGAUCUCUCAAAUGAUCAUAAACGAAAUCAGACAAUUGAUAUUGAUUUAAAAAUUAAAGCUAAAUAUCUCAAUCGAACAUUAAUUAAUUAUAAUAUUAAAACAAUCGAUAUCAAUGAACAAAUCGAUUUACUUAAUUGUUCAGUUGAAGUUCUUACUCUACCACCACAACUUUUACGUACAAAAAUUUUUUUAAGAUCAAUACCAUUUAUUGUAAUAUUUAUUUCUAUUCAAAUGGGUAUUUUAUUAGAUAUUGUUGUUCUAAAAGAACUUGUCCAUCGACCAAUAGCAGUUGCUAUUGGUUUUAUUUGUCAAUAUGGUCUUAUGCCAAUGAUUGCUUUUACAAUAACAAAAAUAUUUCAAUAUCCACCUUUAUAUGGAUUUGGUCUAUUUGCUGUUGGUUGUUGUCCAGGAGGAUCUACAUCAAAUCAAUUGACAGUCAUUUUUGAUGGUGAUAUAAAUUUAUCUGUAUUAAUGUCAUUUGUUUCAACUCUAACUUCAUUUUUGAUGAUGCCAAUAUGGUUUUAUACACUUGGAAAUUAUGCAUAUUUACAUGAACUUAAAAUAAUUAUUCCAUUUCAAAGUUUAAUGCGAUCAUUAGCAACUACUGUUGUUUCAUUAUCGAUUGGUAUGAUUAUUGUUUAUUUUUUUCCAAAAUUAAAACCAUAUGUUCAUCGUAUUGUUAAACCUGUUUCGAUUUUAUUACUCUUUUAUUUUUUUAUUUUUGGUACAUAUGUCAAUUUUUAUCUUUUUGCUUAUAUUAAUUUACGAAUGGCUUUGACAACACCUUUACUUCCAUGGCUUGGUUAUAUAUUAGGAGGUGUUGUUGCAUGGAUUUUUCAACAAGAUUGGAUACGAAUUAAAACGAUUGGUAUCGAAACAGGUAUUCAAAAUGUUGGUAUUGCUUUUUUGGUUCUUCUUUAUUCUCUACCUGAACCGGAAAAUCAUCAAUCGACAGUGAUUGCAAUGAUUGUAUCUUAUAUAUCAUCACAACCAUUCUAUAUUAUUCUUCUUAUUAGAUUUAUUCGAAAAAAAUGUUUCAAGAAAAACGAAGUUCAGAUUAAAAAUAUUGUCGAAGACGAUGUCAAAUUGAAAGAUGAACUCGAAAAUUCAUCUCAAUCUAUGAUCAAAUUCCAUCAAGAAGUCAAUCAUGAUUCACAAAAAGUACCAUUGUCUUCUAUUGUUUGA